GUUCGUGUGACCGUUCUCAAAGUCACUUACGUCACAGCCAGGAAGAAGCGAUAGCUCUGCUGGAGAAGUCCUUCGGCAGUGUUGUUUUGAUUAAACGGUGCAUUCCAGGAGUUUAUUCCCCUAUAUAACCCGGUAUUGCAGAUGAAAGACAGGUGUUGGUGACACCAUGGCACCACUCCUGUUAUACCGCAUCGUCAGCUCCCUAACCUGCCAUCUAACCCAGAUAACCCUCAGCCGGAUCUACCCUAGCACUGCCACCACCAUCUCCCGCUGCCUCUCCUCCCUUACAUCCUACCCAGCCAGAGGGCUCCUGACCCCGGGUAGACCCAUCCAGCCCCUGGCCUCUUCUCCUCGAUCUUCUCCCCAGGAUGGUGGCUCCCUCCUAGGCCAGUGUCAGCACCUGGCCUGCCUCCAGCCCGCUUCAGGGAUGAAAACCAAGAGCGCUCUGAAACGGCGCUGUAAAGAUUGCUUCUUUGUGGUACGGCGGGGUCGUCUAUUUGUGUUCUGUAAGGCUCACCCCAGACACAAGCAGCGACAGGGGUGAAGAGGAGCAGGGGGUGUAUGGUCCUCUAAAUUGUUUGUUACUUGAAUUGCCACAUUAAAGUUUUUGACUGAU